AUGACAAGACAUGCAAGAAAUUGUACAGCUGGUGCAGUUUAUACUUACCAUGAGAAGAAAAAGGACGCUGCGGCUUCUGGUUAUGGUACCCAAAGUGAAAGAGUUGGUAAGGAUUCUGUAAAAAACUUCGAUUGUUGCAGUUUAACUCUACAACCGUGCAGAAACCCUGUUGUUACUAAAGAAGGCUACUUAUUCGAUAAAGAGGCUAUUUUAGAAUACAUAAUUACAAAAAAGAAUGAAUAUACCCGAAAAUUGAAACAAUACGAGAAGCAAUUAAAAAAAGAAGAGAACGAAAAGAAAGAGCUUGCUGCUGCUGAAAAAGAAGCAAACUUGAUUAAAUUUAUGAGUCGAGAGAAAAACAUUUCAAAUACUAAAUUAUUAGACUCGCAGGCAUCAAGUUCAGUCUCAAAUCUUGCAAAUGGAAAAGAUAAACAAUUACCAAGUUUUUGGGUACCAUCACAACUACCAGAUGCAAAAAUCGCCAAAGUAGAGAAGCCAGAUCCUACAGUGUAUUGUCCAAUAAGUGGCAGACCAUUAAAAAUGAAAGAUUUAAUUGAAGUGAAGUGGACCUUAGUAAAUGAUCCAGAUGAUAAAAAAUCUUUAAUUGCUAAAGAGAACAGAUACAUGUGUCCAGUAACACAUGAUAUUUUAAGUAAUGCAGUUCCAUGUGCAAUUAUAAGGAAAAGUGGACAUGUCAUAACAAUGGAAUGUGUAGAAAAAAUUAUAAAAAAAGAUUGGCUCCAUCCUCUAACAGGAGAUAAACUAGAAGAGAAAGAUAUCAUACCCCUACAAAGAGGAGGCACAGGCUAUGCACUUACUAACCAAAACCUAGAGGGCAAGAAUGAGAGGCCUGUAUUGCAAGCU